UCCCUCAGACAGUAAUAACCCAAAGCUGUUUCUGAAGUGUCCAGGCUGCCUGUCCUACGUGGAAAGACGAGACAAGACAAACUUGUGUGUGCGCUGCACCAUCUGCACAGCCAACAAGAAACACACAUACAACUUCUGCUGGAGCUGCUGGAGGGAAUGGAAGGGGCCGACCCAUAAUGCCGUGCGCUGCAGCAACGACGGCUGUGGACAGACAACGGUGUCUGGAGAUCGUCUACUGCCAUGCACAGCUGAAUUUAAAGAGAGGACGCUUAGAAAUAAGAAAGAUGAUAUUUACCCAAUGAAGGACAAGUCCUCCGACAGAAGACGAUUAGCACUGCUCAUUAACAAUAUGGAGUUUGAAAAUGGAGAUGUUAGGGUUGGGGCAGAGAAGGAUGAGUUAAGUAUGGAGACUCUGCUGAAGGGUCUCGGUUACACCGUGCUGACACUAAGAGACCUCACGGCACAGGGUAUGAGUGCUGCCAUGCGAGACUUUGCCCAGCGAGAGGAACACGUCCAAUCAGACAGCUGCUUUGUGGUGUUCAUGUCACAUGGGAAUGCCGCUGGAAUCUGUGGAAUUUCCAACAGAGUGAAUUCUAAUGGGAAAAAAGACAUUUUCUCCACAGAUGAAAUUUAUAAUUGCUUGAACACUGAAAACUGUCCUGGACUGCGAGACAAACCCAAAGUCAUCCUCAUCCAGUCGUGUCGGGGUGGUAAUGAUGGAUGUGUGAAAGUCCAGGACAGCAUGACACAAACAGAGCACCGAGAGAAAGACUUUUGCUGCCUGAGAUCCUCCACUCCGGAUACUGUUUCCUACAGGAAUCCUAAAACAGGCUCAGAUUUCUUCCAGGAUAUUGUGGAAAUAUUUAACAAGCAUGCUCAUGAGGAUCACAUUGAGGAGCUUUUCAGAAAGGUCCUUAGGAAGUUUAAAGAGAAGCAUCCAUGUCAAAUGCCAUGCAAAGAGAGAACAACACUUUCUAAAAUAUUCUACCUCUUCCCUGGACUGUAAAAUACAAAGAAAUGUAAUUACAAUUAUGUCUUCUUUCUUUAAAGUUUUGUAUAUAGAAAUAUUUAUAGAAGUAAAAUAUAAGUAAUAUUACACUCAUAGCUGACAAUGUGUAUGGGUGUCAUGUUGCCUUUAUACAACAGUUUGGUGGUAUGAGUGUGUAAAUACAUAAAAACGGUGUUUCUUUAAAAACCCUCUUUUGUGCAGAACUACUUCCUUCCGUUACAGAUGCAAAUGUAAAGUUGAUGGUUGAACAGCUGAGCCCAAGCCUCCAUUACUAAUUUGACAA